AUGCCUAUCACCAAGAUCCACGCCCGCUCUGUCUACGACUCCCGCGGCAACCCCACCGUUGAGGUGGAUGUUGUCACCGAGACUGGUCUGCACCGUGCUAUUGUCCCCUCCGGUGCUUCCACUGGCCAGCACGAGGCUCACGAGCUCCGUGACGGCGACAAGACCCAUUGGGGUGGCAAGGGUGUUCUCAAGGCUGUCCAGAACGUCAACGAGACCAUUGCCCCUGCCGUCAUCAAGGAGAAUCUUGACGUGAAGGACCAGUCCAAGGUCGACGAGUUCCUCAACAAGCUUGAUGGAUCCGCCAACAAGUCCAACCUCGGUGCUAACGCCAUCCUCGGUGUCAGCUUGGCCAUUGCCAAAGCUGGUGCUGCUGAGAAGGGUGUCCCUCUCUAUGCUCACAUCUCCGACCUCGCCGGUACCAAGAAGCCCUAUGUGCUUCCCGUUCCCUUCCAGAACGUCCUGAACGGUGGCUCCCACGCUGGUGGCCGCCUGGCUUUCCAGGAAUUUAUGAUUGUCCCUGACUCAGCCCCCUCUUUCUCCGAGGCUCUCCGCCAAGGUGCUGAGGUUUACCAGAAGCUCAAGGCUCUUGCCAAGAAGAAGUACGGCCAGUCUGCUGGUAAUGUUGGUGACGAGGGUGGUGUUGCCCCCGAUAUUCAGACUGCCGAGGAGGCUCUCGACCUCAUCACCGAGGCCAUCGAACAGGCAGGCUACACUGGCCAGAUCAAGAUUGCUAUGGACGUUGCUUCCAGCGAGUUCUACAAGACUGAUGUCAAGAAGUAUGACUUGGACUUCAAGAACCCCGAGAGCGACUCUUCCAAGUGGCUCACCUACGAGCAGCUGGCCGACCUGUACAAGGAGCUUGCCAGCAAGUACCCCAUUGUCAGCAUUGAGGACCCCUUCGCUGAAGACGAUUGGGAGGCCUGGAGCUACUUCUACAAGACCUCCGAUUUCCAGAUUGUUGGUGAUGAUUUGACCGUCACCAACCCCCUGCGUAUCAAGAAGGCCAUUGAGACCAAGGCUUGCAACGCCCUUUUGCUGAAGGUUAACCAGAUCGGUACCCUUACCGAAUCCAUCCAGGCCGCCAAGGACUCCUACGCCGAUAACUGGGGUGUUAUGGUUUCCCACCGCUCUGGUGAGACCGAGGAUGUCACCAUUGCCGACAUCGCUGUUGGUCUCCGUUCUGGCCAGAUCAAGACUGGUGCCCCUGCCCGUUCCGAGCGUUUAGCCAAGCUGAACCAGAUCCUCCGUAUCGAGGAGGAGCUUGGCGACAACGCCGUCUACGCCGGCUCCAAGUUCCGCACCGCUGUCAACCUGUAAAUGAACCGUAUGAUUCUAUGACGCCCACCAACCAACCUUGCACAUUAUCGACAGAUGGUUGGACUCGGGACCGCACUACAACAUACCCGGGUUCCGCUACAUGUAGCUUCAAUCUAGCUGCACAAAGCGCUACAGAUGAUAUUCUCUUAAGAUUUAUGAUGACGAUUUCAUAGGCCAGUUAUAUUGGCAGUAAUGCAAUAAAAAGUGCGGGAAAAAAUCUGGAAACAUAGACUGCCGAUGUAGAUCAUUUAACGUUAGUAGUUGUGUAGCCACUUCUCAGAGUGGUGUCAAUUGACAAACAUGAACAGUAUCGAGGCACGUGACCAUAUGCCCCACCACCAGUUUGUUUUAAUCGUGAAGGUAUUGCGAGGGACGGCACUCUUGCCCACAUCAACAUCGCUUUCAGUUUGUUACUCUCCCACGACGGCCCUCCUUUUGGGACACUCGGCACUUGAUCGCCCUGUGUCUGAGCCACUAGACGCUUGAAACCUUUAUCGCUAUAUACGUUUUGGACUUAGCCAUGGCGCCAGAACGGUGGGGUAAGGAUACUCGAAUUUUGUGAUCUUUUGAACACAGGCUACUU